AUGGAAGAUGGAUACAAGGACAUAUUGGAGUUUGCUAAAGAGCUAAAGCUGCACUUUGGAGAGGAUACAAUUGAUCAAAUGUACAAGCUUUUGGAUUCUGGAAUGAGCCCGAAGAACCUCAUUCAACUUCUUAAAGAAAUAAGAAACGAAUUAUCUGGAAGGAUUAGGUAA